ACCUUUUUAAGGGCUUAAGUCUAGAGGGAGAAUGUGAUGGUUAGAUCCAUCUUCAAGAGAAAAUCCACUUACGAUAGAACCAAUUUCGAGGUAUCGGUGUUUGAACAAGAUGUCUGAAUCUGUAUCAGUUGAUAAUUUCCCAAAGCCAACCUCUAUUACGGGUGGCUGCCUCUGUGGCUCCAUAAGAUACCGUGUCGACUUCCCGAAGGACCACGAUUUCUUAAAAGGAAGCGGAAGUUGUCAAUGUACGCAAUGCCGACGGAACACAGGCGCUCUGAUCUUCAUCGCACAUACCGCCCCGCUCAGCGGUUUUACGUUCCUAACGUCCACAGAGACGUUGAAGAAAUUCUAUGCGACACCGGGUAUUCAGCGCGCGUUCUGUACAAACUGCGGCAGCUUUCUGUACUGGCGGGAUGAGUCGCUCGAAGACGUUGCGCUUGCGGUAGGGUGCGUGGAUCCCGAGUAUCUAUCCAAGUUUGGAUUCGCGCUUGCGAAUUCUUCAGGGCACAACGUGUGGUGUCAGAACGAGAUCAAGGGCGUUACCGACCAUAUUCUCAUCAAGGAGAGAGGUAUCGAAUGGUCUAAAAAUAGCGGGAGUGCUAAGUUGUGAGCGGCUAUGGUCGAAGGGUCUUGUCUAUGUUAACGCUACCAUCAAAUUCAUAGUCUCUCAAAGCUUCAAGGAAUGUUGCAAUUGCUAAUGAUAAUUACGUCAAAUUUGAA